CCUCUUUUCGGUCAGAAAUGAAUGGAUGCCAUCUGUUGGAUGGAUAAGUUAACCAGUCUGAUCAGUGAAGAAUGGACCAUCAGACCUUUCGCCGUGUUGAUGCUGGCAAGAGGCUUGAGAAGUGUGUAUUGGGUCAUGAACAAGUCUCUCUCCCUGAACUUCUCAUUGAACAGGGAGCUGUGUUUCGGGAAAUUCUGUCCCAAGAAACUUGGUCUAAAGAAUUAACAGAUGAACAACGACAACAUUUAUCACAAUUUCUACCUGAUUUUCCCAAAGGCAGUGAAGAGGACAAAGAAGAAACUCUCAGGAUGUUAUUUGGAGGGGAGAACUUUAAAUUUGGGAAUCCCCUCAAACAGUUCCAGAUGAAACUCCGCGAGGGUUUCUUUGCUCCCGACAUAGCCAAGUACUCAGCUCUUUGUCGCAAAGGGAAGAAGAGAGAGUACAAGAUCAGACAACAAAGAUAUUACGCCAAACUCUUACAGGAAAUUCUCCUGGCUCGUCAGCUUGUUCUGGAGGAAGUGCGCCACUUGCCACCUGAUGAGACCCCCAAGUUUAUUUACACCCCACCACCUCGAGACAACAGCCUGGAGAACAGGGUCAAGAAAAAGUACAUCAAAAUUUUAAAGGAAGUACGAGAGGAAUGUGAAGUGGAAGACACAUCCUCUGAGGAAGAUUUGCCCCCAGAGAAAGCCCCUGCACCACGACACAAGAAGGGAGCUGUCAAGAGCCUGUACCCGCUCCCUUCCCCUGAUCACCCGCCCCCAAGUGUAGUGUCCACAUUCGCCUCUAAACCACUCACCAAUGGAGACGUCAUAACUCCAGCAACAGUUGGUAACGAAAAUGCUCCUAAAGCAAAAGUGCGAGUGAGCAGUCCUGUGGAUUUCACAGAUGAUGACUAUGUCCACAUGUUGAGGACCCACAAGCGGAGGAGGACCGAGGAUCUGGACUGCCCAGACAUGGACACCCAGAAUAUAAUGUUACAGGAUAUCAUGUUCAGGUGCCAAGCCAUCAGAAAAGCUCCGGCCAAGUCACCCAUCUCCCCGUCCCUUACUGUCGGCGUAAAGAAGAGAGUGAAAGCACGAGAGAGGCCUGAGAGGAAGCUGAAGAGAGAGCGCCCUCUGAAGGAGGUGGUUAAGACUGAGGAGGAUAGUAUGGGGAGUAAACCCUCCCUGAGGACAGAGGAGGACAGUCAGCUGACAGAACGGGACAAGCUGCUUAGUGUCUCACGAGACGAAGAAGAGGAUAGUGUGUCAGAUUUCCCUCUGCAAGAAUCUCAGGCUCCACAUUUGUUGUUUGGACAAUAUAGUAACUUCUUCAGCUUACUGAGGGAUCUGAUCAAUGAGUUUGAUGAUGCUAAGGUCACUACAGCCAAGAUGGAGGAGAAGGUGAGAGAAUGGCAGGAGUCCUCAACCUGCAGCCUUAACCCCUGGUUCUCACAGCAGCCUAACUGGGUUGAUGCUGUUGUCUCCGCUCUCAAGUUUUUAUCAGGCGAUGCUCUCGGUUUAGAUCUAGAAAACUUCAUCCCUUUCUUGGACUACAAGGAGCGUGCGCAGCAGUGGAAAUGGAUAGGUGCUAGUCGGGACACUGACGCUCAGUUACUUCCCUUGUUCAAACACUGGCUGGAAAACAAGGACGACAAUCCUUCUGACUUCUUUGAUAGCAGCCAGGGAUCACCACCACCCAACAGGAUAAAAACAAACUUUGUUGUCAGACCGACAACACAAGAGGAAAAAGAUAUAUUUAAAGAGCAGGAGAGACGUAGGUUUGAAAACCCCCACAAAGCCUUCACAUAUGUGUUACACGGUUAUGAGUCCGUGGUGGGACCCGUUAAGGGAGUGUACAGUAAAGACAAUGCUAUGAAUAAGGCCAGGGAGCAUAACCUACUGAUAUCAGACCGUCCAUCCUACGUCACCAUUCUUACAUUAGUACGUGAUGCAGCCGCACGCCUGCCCAAUGGCGAGGGGACCCGAGGGGACAUCUGCGAGCUGCUCAAAGACUCUGGGUUCAUUGCUCCAGGUGUUACAGAUGCACAGAUCAACACGGUUGUGAGUGGGGCUUUAGACAGGCUCCAUUACGAGAAGGACCCGUGUGUCAAGUACGAGGUUAACAGGAAGCUAUGGGUGUAUUUGCACAGGAACAGGACAGAGGAGGAGUUUGAGAAAAUCCAUCAGGCCCAAGGUGCUGCGGUAAAAGCCAAGAAAUCACUUCAGAAACCAAAAGCCUCCAGAUCGAAAUCUAAAGAUGGUUCUGGUGGGACAACUACCCCAGCUCCCCAGACUGCAUCAGUGGGGUCUGUGUCCAAGACAUCCACAGCCAAUCACAGCACAGCCUCUGAGGAGAGCUCGAUUGCAAGCCUCCUGACGCCCACAACAGCCAGUACGGGAGUGUCACCAGGGCCUAAUAAGACCAGUGGAAGUCCCCGUGGCCAUGCUGCCAAGCAGACAACCAGUCCUAAUGCCCAGAAGACCCCUACAGCCCGCCGCGCAGUAACAGGCUCGGUCAUUCCCUCAGGAACUCUCCUCCAGGCCAGUCAUCAGGUGGGUGUGGUCACCUCGGCCGCAAUCUCCCCACUAAGGGGCAGCCCUCAGGUGGUCACUACACACCAGGUCACACAGGCAGGGAAGGCGGUUAGUGCCAGUGUUAAACCAGCCACUCCUGGCAGCAAGCCUGUCACCAUCUCCUUCAUGCAGCCUCAAAGUGGUAGCACAACAGUACCAGUGAUGACUCAGGUGAAAAGCGGUAAAACAAGCCACGGUCAGCUAUCCUUCAAUCUCCUGCAGACUCAGGACAUCUCCGGUAAGCUGACCGCCACACCUUCACUCACCCAGGUCCCCUCCCCUGGUUCACUGGUCCUCACCAAGUCAGCAGAGACAGGCACACCCCGUGCCCAAAAGUUGCCAACCUCUUCAGCUAGUUCAUUGACUGUAACAAAGUCUGCCUCCCCUCUGGCAGGCACCCCAGCAGCCAGCAGCAGCGUCUCAGGGACACCCCCGGCCUCCAGCAGUUCUCCCGUGGUGGCGCGUUUGGUCCAACAGGUGCCCCACCCACAAAUGAUGUCUGUAGGGAAUCUGCUUCAGGGGACUGUGCAGAAAAUGGCAGGCAGAGGAUCAGGCCCAACUACCAUCAAGAUUCAGGGAGGAAACAUUGUUCCAGGAGGAAAACCCAUCCACCUGUCUGGAAAACCCCUGACCACACACAAGGGCCUUGUUCAGAUCACAGGGAAACCUGGUCAGCAGACCCUGGGGUUAGUACAGACCCCCCAGGGUCCUCUGUCCACACUCAACAUCAUCUCCCCAGGGGUAGCCAAAGCCACACCCACAGCUACCCUCCUUACCAGUGCGGAUACUAAAGUAACAAACUCUGACAGUACGUCGGGUACCAUCCUGAGCUCUGCCUUACAAGGUGGCAGCGUUGUCUCCCACACCAAAGCUGGUGCCACAGUUUUACAGUCUCAGAAUCUGCAGGUCGUCUCCCAACCAAGGGUUGUCUCCCCUUCUCAGGCGGGUAUUGUCGUCACACAGCUGGCUCCAGGCAGCCUCUCUCUCAGACCAGGCUUGCAAAAUCUGUCCCAGGCUAAGCUCCUCAAUCAGUCAGGAGUGUUACCCACACAGUUUAUUGUACAACAGGCACCUGCAAGCUUCAAAGGGGAAGGGGUUACCACAGCUACAGUGUCUCAAGGUGGAAGCCUCAGCACCCCUAUCAUCGUGAGUGCCCCAGGUGGGAAGCCUGGUCAAAACAUACAGCUGGUAAAGACGGUGUUAAGUCAGCACGCAGGACUGAAACCUGGCCAGGCCACCAUCCUCAUAUCACAGCCCAACAUACCUCAGUCUGCGACCUCCACAGUGUCAUCCAACACACACCUACUACAGGCAGCCACAAAAGUAACAAAGGCCUCACCCAAGGGCAAACCCCAGCCUGUGUACGCCAGGAUUAUUACUCCUCCCCCAGGGAUGCGCCUGGCCAAUGUGUCGGCCUCAGGCCAGACUAUGUCUGCCCCUGGGGUCAGUGUGAUACAAACCAUGGGUAAACUGCCAACUGGUGCGGUAGUCACGGCCACAGCCCAGCCCGGGGGUUUGACAAAAGUGACAGAUAGCCCCGCUGCCAAAUCUCCGGCCCCGUGAUUCAAGGCUUGACAAAACUCAAGAACCUUUCACAAUAUCAUCUUAACUGCCCCUACAGCAUGACCAUGCUAUAAGUCUUCAGGCAUUUUGUACAUAUGUAUAAAGAUUUUCAUAAACAUGUGUACACAGUGUGCAGUGUGACACAUUUUGAGAAUGUCUGUCUGGACAGUAAACCUGUGGUAACUAGUGACCAUAUACAAAAAGCAGUUGUAAAGUUGUGAGGUUAUAGAGUGAUAUGUCUUGGCCAGUUGAUCUUUCACAUACAUGUACUUUCACGAGAAAUUUUUCAUAAGCUUGCCAUUCCUGUACUGAUAUGCCUAUUUAUUUGUAGUAUACAUACAUGUGUGUACUGUCACAUGUGCGACAUAUUUUCCUUGCUAAACUUUCAUCUAAAUUGAACACAUUGCCUGACUGAGAAUUGUAUUGAUGUUAGAAAGAUGUUUUCAGGUUCGUUUGGAGGGUAAGAUGAUAACCUGCUGAAAAAUUGUAAGCUUGAGCAACAAAAGAAUUAAUUCAUUACAUUUUUAGACCUCUAAAAUGCAUUUUUGGGGCAGAAUUUGAGGUUAUGGCAUGGCAUGACAGCAGUCAAAUGCUUUAACACCAGCUUCUUACCCGCCAUGCCAUCAUCCACAUAACCUCCUGACUAUCAUCCCUACCUUUAUAAAUCAGACUACUUUUUCCCAAGUCAUCUGGCUGGUGAGGUUUUGUAGGUUCCGUUUUGAUUGCAAGUGCAUAACAACCCAACCAGGGUGCACAGAUCACAUACAAUGUUAGGAAACAAAAAGCGGAAUAAUGAUAUUAGUGUCUUCUUCGUUACGUGUGCCCCUUGUACCUUAGUGCUAUCAAAAGUGUGAAUUUAACAGGUGCUGUUCCACAGAAUCAGGUGCAGAAUCCUUUUCACUUCACGCAGGUUUUGUGUUAAAGAGCUCCUCUGCAUGGCAGACAGCAAUGCAUUCUUUAUUGUCUUUUUAUUUGAUUGGCGUUGUGUGCUGUACUCAAGUAUAUUUCAACUAUAUGAUGAUAGUUUGGUUUAAGACAUUAGGCAGAAGCCAGAGAAAACCUCCACUAUUCUCCAAGGACCACAGCUGCACCAGUCAAAGCUGCCGUAUCAUGGGCUUAAGUUGAAUUUGAGCCUCUGACCCCAUUGGUCAGGAGCUGAAUCUGAGCCUCUGACCUCAUUGGUCAGGAGCUGAAGUUGAGCCUGUCACCUCAUUGCUCAGGAGCUGAAUUUGAGUCUGUCACCUCAUUGGUCAGGAGCUGAAUUUGAGCCUGUCACCUCAUUGUUCAGGAGCUGAAUUUGAGCCUGUCACCUCAUUGGCCAGGAGAUGAAUUUGAGCGCGUGUCCUCAUUGGUCAGGAGAUGAAUUUGAGCUUGUCACCUCAUUGGUCAGGAACAAUCAUUACACUUUACUCUAUUGUUUAAACGCAGGCAUUCAGAUCUGUACCGAAGGCAAAAGUAAGCAUAAUGGAGUGGUUUGUCUGUCAGAGAAAGUUACGUGUAAAUGCUGAAGCCAGUAAAUAACUGAUCACAGGUGAGAUAUAUAUCUAGAAAAUGUACAAUACACAGGAGUUAAUGUAUCCUCUAGCACUCAUCUGCCUUCCUGUACAAUUUCCCCUCCAGGGUUGCCGUAUGUGAUGUUACAUGGAGUGAAGAUGUGCACAUGGUUACUCUAUGUACAAGGCCCAUUUCCUCCCGUAUUAGGCUAUAUUGUUUGACAUAUUUAGACCUCCUUCAUCUUGUGUACAUUACAGUCCUUUACCAUACGGAGAAUGUACAUAGGGCUGCAGCUCUACCUGUAUACAGGAAUCAUAGGCCGGAUAAAAUUAAUACACUGUGUAGUCCUACUACUGCUGCUAUGCUUCAUAUCAGACGUUUAGGUCUAGGUUAGCAAAAGUUGGGGACACUUGGGGAGUAGUGGUUGGUGGGUGUAAUGUUAGAAAACAAGAACUCUGCGCUCAUGUCAUGUCUACAUGUACGCCUGUUAGAAAGUCAGAAUGCUUGCACUGUAAGCAUGGACGUACACGUGGAAAAAAACAGGUCUAUCAACGGCCACCUUUUUAUGUCGUGUUAAUGAGUCAAGAGUUUGCAUUAUAGGCGUCCCACCCUGUAUUAGCAGGACUUCAGUAACAUUCUACAUGUAUGUGUAUAGUAGUACAUAGAUGUAGUGUGCUUGACAUAAUGCCAAAGCAUACAUACCCCAAAUAUACUGGGAAGUCCCAUGUUACACUACUGAGCCCGUUAGGGUUGUUACAUGAGCAUUAUCAUGUAACUCUGGCUCUCCGUCCUUCCGUUUGUCCGUUUUGCACUCCAAACCCCUUGAAAGGAAUUUGUGCGGACAUCAAGUGAUGGUCAUUGUUUAUACUCACACAUGUGCCUGUUGAACUUUUCAAAAUAAUACAUUCAUUUGCAUAUUAAUCAGCUUAAAUGUUCUAACUGUUAUGACCAAAAUAUUCAUGGUUGAGAGGAGUUCUGCAGUUGAACUGAUAUUUUCGCAAAUGUUUUAUUUGCCAUUUUUGUAAGGUUAUGGUAUAAAAAGCCAAAUGAGAGAUUAUUUGGAAUGUAUGCUUUGGCAUAUGUUAGGCUUUUGAGUUAUCGGCAAGAUGCUUCCACUCAGUCAUAUUGAUGGAGUGUGUGCCAAUAAUCAGUUUGGCACUGAAAGGAGCUCUGCAAGAUUGAAAGAGGGUUUUGUGUUUUUAGAAAUUCAGAAAUGUAUGUAACAAAAUCACCUGAUACAUAGAUGUAUACUAGCUGUGCUAUGUGAAUCAUAAGUAACUUUUGUAUGAUGAAAAGGAGCUUGUUUUUUUCUUCAUUUCUGCUUUGUUACAUUGUAUGGUGAGGUUUAUCAGAGAUCUGUUGGAGAUGUAUUUACACGUAUGCUCAUCACUGCAGCAGAAUUACAUACAUGAUAAUGAGAAUUGUAAAUAAUGCAACGCAUGUACUUAGAAAAUAUUUAUCAUUUGAUGUAAAUAUUUGUGUCCAAGGUUUGUUUCUCUCAAGUUUGUUGUCUAAUAAAUCCAAUC